AGAAACCAAACGGUCCUGAGCUGCAGCUUCAUGCUUCAGCAGCGUCUCUCUGCUCUAUCACCUGUUAUAUUGUUGUGUUCUCUCUUUUUGUUUGUUGUUUAUGUUUUUGUUUCUUUGACCGUCCUGCAGAUGUUGUGACGUUCAGAACAGAUGUUCAGAGAAAGAGAGAAUGAUUCCACCUGUGUGUUUACGUCCUGUACAGGUGUGAUGUGAUUGGUGGAUUGGGAUGAAUGCGACGAAUCGUGUCAGUGCCAGCCAGAGGGGGUGGAGACUGAACCGCAAACAGGAAGCGAGAGAAACGACUUCUCCCUCAGAAAACACAGAGACGACGACAGAGACAGACGGACAGAGAGACGGAGAGGGCGACAGGCCAAGGGACAGAGAGAGUGAGACAAGGAGAAAGACAGAGAGGGUGACAGGACAAGGGACAGAGUGAGACAGACAGGGAGAGAGACAGAGAGAGAGAGACACCAUAGAGUUAAUGGCCAUGUGUAUCAGGACAGUGUAGCUGUGUGAACUGUGUGUGUGUGUGUGUGUGUGUGUGAGUGUGAGUGUGUGUGUGUGUGUGUGUGUGUGAGUGUGUGUGAGUGUGUGUGAGUGUGUGUGUGUGUGAGUGUGUGUGAGUGUGUGUGAGUGUGUGUGUGUGUGUGUGAGUGUGUGUGAGUGUGUGGGUGUGUGUGAGUGUGAGUGUGUGUGAGUGUGUGUGUGUGUGUGUGUGUGUGUGCCUCAGUGUGCAGUGAUGGAUGGAGUGUGUGAGGACGACCUCUGCUGGCUGCAGCUGGAUGAGUUCAGGAUGUUGCUCAUCAAAACCAUCGAACCGUCGCGGAUCACUCCGUACCUGCGACAGUGUCAGGUGAUCAGUGCUGAGGAUGAGGAGCAACUCUUCAACGACCCCACCCUCGUCAUCCGGAAGAGAAAAGUUGGAGUCCUGCUGGACAUCCUGCAGAGAACAGGGGUCAAAGGUUACACAGCCUUCCUGGAGAGUCUGGAGCUGGAUUAUCCUCAGCUGUACAGUCGAAUCACCGGGAAGAAGCCUAACAAGACCUUCAGCAUCCUCAUCGACACAGCAGGAGAAUCUGGUCUGACUCAGUUCCUGAUGUCUGAGCUCAGCCGCCUGCAGAGGGCGUUUCAGGAUGAGAGGAGACGCCGCCAACAGGCUUGCUCUAUCGCCAAGGAACAGGAGGCGCGGUCUCAGCAGCAGCAGCUGAGGGAGCAGCAGCUGACGAAGCUGAGCGAGCACCUGCAGAAGGUUCAGGGCGAGCGGGAGCGGCUGAGCGAGGAGGUGAAGCAGCUCAGAGAUCACAACUACAGCCUGAUGGCCGACAUCAACACUCUGAACCAGGAGAAGAGCAACGCCCUGCUCGCCAACAGAGACCUGCAGAUAGAGGUGGAGCGUCUGAAGCACACCGUGCUGCGAGCUGAGACUCGGCUGCUGAGACGACGGACGCUGAGGCCGCUGCAGGAAAGCAGGGGUCUGGCCCUGCCCACAGAGACCUUCUUCCACCCCAACAGACUGGAGGAGCAGAAAGAGGAGGAGGAGGAGAAAAAACAGGAGAAGAAGGGGGAGAAGAAGGAGGAGAAAAGACAAGAUACAAAGGAGGAGAAGAAGGAGGAGAAAAGACAAGAUACAAAGGAGGAGAAGAAGGAGGAGAAAAAACAGGAGAAGCAAGGAGUUCAUCCUCCUCAGCUCAACCUCCUAUCUACAGUGUUCAGACUGAGGAGAGAACUCCACAGAGCAGAGGAGCAGAGAGCCAGGUGUCAGGAGGAGAAGGAGGAGCUGGAGCUGCGCUGCAAUCAGCUGAAGGGAGACACCAAGAUGUUCCGUCAACAAAACAAACAAACCCUCAGACAGCUGCAGGAGGUGAUCAGAGAGAGGGACAAGGCUGUGUUGUCACGGGCGGAGCAGCAGGAGGAGGUGCGGCUGCUCCUGCAGGAGAAGGAUCAGUACAGGGAGCAGGUGAGGCAGCUCACAGAGCAAUGUGAUAGGCUGGAGCUUCUCCUGCUGAGAUCACAGGGGGAGGAGCUACAGCUGAAGACACGCCUCCGCAGACUCACCUGCAACACCCACCAGUGGGAGAGGAGUGUGAGCAGUGAGGAAGAGGAGGAACCAACAGAGAACGCUGGGAAAGGCAGCAGUGAGGAGGUUUGCAGUGGAACGUCGGGGGAGAACAAGGAAGCAGCAGUGCUGCAGCAGCACAGCUCUCCUCAAGGAGGCGCUGCAGAGUCUGAACAGAAGCCCAGCACUGCUGCAUCAUGGGAUAAGCAGACAGAAGACUGCCUGACCUUCAGAAGUCGACCGAACUUCUGUUACCGCAGGAAGCGAGCCCUCAGGUCAAAGUUCAUCUGUAAGGAGUACACAGCUGGUAACCUUGACGACAGCAGUGGCAGUGACAUCACCGACUCUGACUGAACACACCUGCGAUCACAUGAUCAAACAUCACCUUAACUCAGACACAGUUAUUAGUUAUUUACUUUAAUGUUUCUGGAUCGAAGUUUUUUUCUGUUUGAGCUUUUAUUUCCUGUUUGUAUUGAUCACUGAUCAGUCCACCUGUUUGUUGAAGGAGGCUGUUGCUUUGUGAGCACACAGGUGAAAGUCCUGCAGAAAACCUCAGAGCCAAUAACCAGAAACUACAGAGAUUCAAAUCAAACCAAAGCUGAAGCUGAAACAUUAAGUUUCAGGAAAAAUGGCUCGUCAUUAUCAGAACAGCUUCCAGUGAACGUUCUGUUGGUUUCUGCUGAACUUGUAUUUUCUGGACAUUUCUAAUAAAAACAGAUUUCAUAAAC